GGUGUCGCUCUUAACUUGAAGAUCCACAUACCGCCCGACCAGCCAUCCAACCACGAGCAUGGCAACCACACAAGAUAUUGAGGCCGCCCCUCAAACGCGUCCCAGUCUCGACGUGGCCUCCCUCAAGGCGCCGGCAAGAGUCGGACGUGAGGAGCUCGCCGACAUUGUACCGCCUCACGAUUCGUACGAAGGCAGACAUCGGUUCGAUCCAGAGGCCAAAUGGACAGAGGAAGAAGAACGUCGCGUUGUGCGCAAGACGGAUUUCUAUCUUCUCUCUUGGCUCUGCCUUAUGAUGUUCGGCCUGCAGCUCGACCGCGGCAACGUCUCCAAUGCGCUCGCCGACGACCUGCUCAAGGAUCUCAACCUGACCAGUGACGACUACAACAAUGGCACGACGAUUCAGCUACUCUGCUUCCUCACAGCCGAGUUCCCGGUCCAGUUCUUGACCAAGAGGUUCGGCUUCAAGUGGGUUCUGCCCAGCAUGAUGCUGGCAUGGGGAACCGUCAGUUGGGCCCAGGCAUGGAUGCACGACCGGACGUCUUUCUACCUGGGGCGCGCCUUUAUCGGCCUGUGCGAGGGCGGCUUCAUCCCCGGCGUCAUCCUCUUCGCGACUUACUUCUACAAAUCCAAGGAACUGGCCAUGCGGCUGGCCGCCUUCUGGUCGACGUUGAAUGUCGCCCGUGUCAUCUCGGCGCUGCUGGCUGCUGGCAUUCUGGAGAUGCGGGGGAUCGGAGGAAAGCCGGGGUGGUUCUGGCUGUUCUUGCUGGAAGGUCUCCUGACGGUUGUAAUUGCUCUCGUUUCGUUCCUGUACCUCCCUGCUGCGCCGACCGAGUCCAAGACUUUGCUGUGGCGUAAGGGCUGGUACACAGAGCGAGAGGAAGUGAUCAUGGUCAAUCGUAUCCUUCGCGACGACCCGGCCAAGGGCCUCACCGCGCUCAAGGAACCCGCCACUUUCAAAGACAUCCGCGAAGCUUGGAAGGACCCUUCGAUGUGGGGGCUCUAUUUCAUCGGCCUUGUCGCAUACAUUCCAGCGACGCCGGUCCAAGCCUACCUCACCCUGACCCUCAAGCGCAUCGGCUUCUCUACCUUCAACUCCAACAUGCUCACCGUCCCGUCGGCUGCCCUACAAAUCAUCACCAUGUUGACUCUCGCGUACAGCAGCGACUACUUCAACGAGCGGACUCUGCACAUCAUGUUUGGCGAGUUCUGGAUCAUGCCGCUGCUCAUUGCGCUCUUGACGCUUCCUGACGGCGGCCGUGAAUGGUCCCGCUUCUCCCUCAUCACACUCAUCUCGGGUUAUCCGUACUUCCACCCCCUGGUGUCGUCGUGGAUCUCGGAGAACACGUUCGACGUCAAGAAACGAGCCAUCACGGCCGCGACUUACAACGUCAUCGUGCAGAUCGGCUCCCUUAUCGGGUCCCAGAUAUACCGCUCGUACGAUGCGCCGUACUACAAGCAGGGCAACGCGGUCCUUGUCGCCAUUUGCGCGCUGUCGCUCGUGGCCAUGCUGGUGCAGCGACAGGUGCUCGUGUACCUGAACAAGAAGAAGGAAGAGAAGUGGUCGCGCAUGAACGCAGAGGAGAAAGCUAUGUACCAGGCAGACGUCGUGUCUCGCGAAGCCGAGGGCAAUAAGCGCCUCGAUUUCAGGUUC